CCGAUAAGCUAGAUCAAAAAACAAAAGGCUGCUCAAUUAAAAAGAAAUAUUCCGAGCACACACAGUUUUGCAUUUUAAAUUCACUUAAAUUGUCACUAAAAUGGGCUUUAUUUCUGUUGCCCUAAUGCUGAAAACAUUUAUGAAAAAAUUUAAAAUGCCGUUUUAAAGCCCCCCCCCCGUAAAACCACUACAUCUGGGGUCUAAAAAUACCACUGUACAUAAAUUCUAAUGAGCCUAGUUAGCUUUAUUUCUUAAAAAACAUGCACAGAAUUCGGCUGUAAAAUGGGGCAUACAUACAGACAUGCACUAGCCUUCUCACAGGGCCUUAAUACCUCAAUGAAGCUUACUCUACUAAGGUUAUAGAUUCAGGCCAUUGUGUGGGAUGAGUAUCUUACAGGUCCGUUUGGGCUGAUUGCGCAAUAUUCACUUCUAAAGGAACAUGAGGUGGAGAAAAUGUUCACUCUCAAACCAGGCCGCCUCCCACCUGCAGAUGUCAAGAAUAUUAUUUUCUUUGUCAGACCAAGGCUAGAACUCAUGGACAUAAUUGCUGAAAAUGUGCUCAGUGAAGACAGAGUCCGUUGUCCACAGAGGGAUUUCCACAUCCUGUUUGUGCCGCACCGCAGCUUGCUGUGUGAGCAGCGACUGAAGGAUCAAGGAGUUCUGGGCUCCUUCAUUCACAGAGAGGAGUACAGCCUGGACCUCAUUCCAUUUGAUGGAGACCUAUUAUCCAUGGAGUCUGAAAGCGCCUUCAAAGAGUGUUACUUAGAAAAUGACCAGACCAGCCUCUAUCACGCAGCAAAGGGGCUCAUGACACUCCAGGCACUUUAUGGAACAAUCCCACAGAUCUUUGGGAAAGGGGAAUGCGCAAGGCACGUGGCAAAUAUGAUGAUCAGGAUGAAGCGGGAGUUUUCUGGGAGCCAGAAUCCAAUCUUCCCAGUCUUUGAUACCCUCUUGCUGCUUGACCGCAACAUAGACUUGAUGUCACCUCUGGCCACACAGCUGACUUAUGAGGGGCUUAUUGAUGAGAUAUACGGAAUUCAGAAUACUUACGUGAAACUCCCUCCAGAAAAGUUUGCCCCCAAGAAGCAGGGGGAGAGUGGCAAGGAUCUCCCCACAGAGCCCAAGAAGCUGCAGCUGAAUUCUGCUGAGGAGCUUUAUGCAGAGAUCCGGGACAAGAAUUUCAAUGCUGUGGGCUCUGUGCUGAGCAAGAGAGCCAAAAUAAUCUCAGCCGCAUUUGAGGAAAGACACCAUGCUAAAACUGUUGGAGAGAUCAAACAGUUUGUCUCACAGCUGCCGCACAUGCAAGCAGCAAGAAGCUCUUUAGCUAACCACACUUCUAUUGCGGAACUCAUCAAAGAUAUCACUACAUCAGAAGACUUCUUUGAUAACUUAACAGUGGAACAAGAGUUUAUGUCAGGAAUAGACACUGAUAAGGUCAACAACUACAUUGAAGACUGUAUUGCCCAAAAGCAUCCCCUGAUCAAGAUUUUAAGACUCGUUUGUCUGCAGUCAGUGUGCAACAGCGGACUGAAACAGAAGGUCCUGGAUCAUUAUAAGAGAGAGAUUCUCCAGACUUAUGGCUAUGAACAUAUACUGACUUUAAAUAAUCUAGAAAAGGCUGGACUCUUGAAGACCCAGUUAACCAGUAGAAACAACUACCCAACAAUUCGGAAAACUCUGCGUCUGUGGAUGGAUGAUGUCAAUGAACAGAAUCCCAACGACAUCUCUUAUGUAUACAGUGGCUAUGCUCCUCUAAGUGUGCGCCUGGCACAAUUGCUUGCCCGUCCAGGCUGGCGAAGCAUAGAAGAAGUGUUAAAGAUGCUUCCAGGACCACACUUUGAAGAGAGGCAGCAAUUGCCAACAGGGCUUCAAAAAAAACGUCAGCAUGGAGAAAACAGAGUCACUCUGGUAUUUUUCCUGGGUGGAGUGACGUAUGCUGAAAUUGCAGCUCUCCGCUUUCUGUCUCAAAUGGAAGAUGGGGGCACAGAAUAUGUCAUUGCAACAACUAAACUCAUCAAUGGAACAAGCUGGGUCAAAUCUCUAAUGGAGAAGUUGGAGCCUCCACCCUUUUAGAAUGAGAAUCUGCACAACGAUCAAGAGAGACCAUAACUUGAUAGGUGCAAUGAUACGAAGCAGAGAAGAGGUAUCCUGGCAGUGUGAACGGAAGCUGGCCUUGCUGCUGGAUACAGGGCAGAAAGCGUGGUGUUCUUGCAGACUCUGUCCAUAACUUUGCAAGAGGCUGGUGCCUCUCUGAAAGAGGGAACGAUAAAAGAAACGAAAUGCCUUGAAGAUGGUUCCUUACAUUGCUUUCUGAAAAAUAAGCUUGGGAGGAAACUUAAAUAAUGUGGCCUGUGCUUUGACUGGGCCCUGCAGUGCAUCCACUAUCAUUAUUCCCAGGUUAUCUAUCUAUCUGUUUAUUGCAGUUUCUAAGCAUCUCUUUGGGAAUUAACAUAUUCCACAAUUCCAUACAUCUCUCAGGAAGAUUUCCCUGAUACUUCACUUCACCCCCUCCAUCCUUUGUACUGUCACUUUAUUUUUUGAGUUCUGCCUCUUAAUGCCAUUCUUAAACUUUCUCGGCAAGCGAUGUUGUAUAACGUUUGUAGACCUGUACAUGGCUAUGUCUCCUCUUAGGCCACCAUUCUGCAAGUCCUGUUGAAAGCAUGUUCUAAAACCCUGAAUAUGUAAGUUUACAAAUGGCUUCAGUUCUUUGGUCCCAACCAUUUAUAUGAUGCUGUUGGUAACACCUCCAUUCUCUCAACCCAUGCUUUUCUUUCCACACAUCCUGAGACAUACAGCAACAAAAUCUGAUUCCCCCCUCUCCUACAAUUCUCUGCAGAAACGAGGGAGUUCUCAGUUUUUCUUGUGUGCUGUAAAUGUAUCUAGAUCUCUGUCAGCUUUUCCUUAAAAACUUACUUAAAAGCUUUACAUUAAGUAUGUUUGUAACCUGUACAGUGAAUGUAAUGGGUGGGGAUUGCAAAAAGAUCCGGGAUCAUUUUGGUGUGCCUCCAGUUUUUACUGGUUCUCUCUGAAGACAGCAGUGGUCAGAUUAAUGCUGAUACCUUUUUGAGGGUGCUGGAGUUCUACAUGUGUAAAUUCAAGGAGACAAAUGUUGAUUAUAAAGAUGCAGUUCCAACGGUU